GAUCAAGCAACCCUUUUGAUAAGCUGUAAUCUGAAGAUGGUGAAUAUUACUGAUUUCUUCAGUGGGAAGGCUAAGCCCUCUCAAAAACGAAAAGCAUCUGCUUCACCUGAACCAGAAACCAAAAAACCAAAAGCGUCUACAAAUAAACGCGCUCCCAAGCAAGAGCCAGAAGUAAUUGAUCUUGACGACGACGACGAUUUCCUGUUUAGUGACGAAGGUGAUGAUAGUUUAGUGGAAAUCAAACCAGCUACCCCUAAGCGAAAGCCAGCCGCCCCCAAAGUAGCCACUCCCAAAAAGGCCACCCCUAAAAAGGCCACUCCCCAAAAGGCCACCCCUAAAAAAGAACCUGCAUCAAAGAAACCAAGUAGUCCCAAGAAGGCAAUGGCAAAACCAGCUGCCUCAUCAGCAUCUACUGUGACACUUUCGGCUGAGGAGGUCCUUGCUACUAUUCCAGAUGCGGUUCUUCCAGAAAUUGAUGACUCCAAAAAGGUCAACUUCUUUGCAUUAAACGCCGCCAAACAAGCCAAUGCCAAUGCUGCUGGUUCUGGAACAAUUGAUAUUCCUGAAGCCCAACCUAAUUUUUUCACGGGUCAAUUGCCCAAUUUAGACCGUGAUAGUGCUGAACUGCUCGCUAAACGCUACGGUGCUAAGGUAACUAAAUCCAUUCUGGGAAAGACUAGUUUGGUUGUAUUAGGUGAUGAUGCUGGUCCUUCUAAAGUCAAGAAGAUCAAGCAAUUGCAUAUCAAAACUAUUGACGAGGAUGGGUUUGUUGAAUUGUUAAAGAGAAUGCCCUUAGAAGGUGGAUCUGGUGAAGCUGCUCAAAAGGCAAAGUUGAAACGAGAAGAAGAAGAACGUAAAGUUAUUGAGCAAGCUGAACAUGACGCAAGAGUGGAAGCAGAACAAGAAGAAAAACAGCGCAAGAAAUUGGCGGCAGCACAAGCAACUGCCUCUAAAUCUAGUCAGGGAUCUUCUAUUUCAGCACCACCUCUUCAACCUAUCAUACCCGCUAAAGAUAAGUUAUGGACUGAUAAACAUGCACCAACAUCUACCAGCCAAUUAUGUGGGAACAAAGGUCAAAUAGCAAAAUUACGCAAUUGGUUAGACAAUUGGUUUGAGAAUCAAAAACAUGGUUUUACAAAAGCGGGAAAAGAUGGUUCUGGAGUAUAUCGUGCUGUAUUAAUCAGUGGUCCCCCAGGAAUUGGGAAAACUACUGCUGCCCAUUUGGUAGCUAAUGAAUUAGGGUAUGAUGUAUUGGAAAAGAAUGCAUCUGAUGUGAGAUCCAAAUCUCUUUUGAAUGCUACUGUAAAAUCAAUUUUAGAUAAUACUUCAGUGGUCGGGUUUUUCAAGCAGCGUGAAGAUAAACAAUUGGGUGAUAAUUCGAAAAAGAUUUGUCUUAUUAUGGAUGAAGUUGAUGGUAUGUCUAGUGGGGAUCAUGGGGGUGCUGGUGCAUUAUCACAGUUUUGUCGUAUUACCCAUAUGCCAAUGAUUUUAAUUUGUAAUGAUAAAUCAUUACCCAAGAUGAGAACCUUUGAUCGAGUUUGUUUUGAUUUGCCAUUCAGAAGACCCAGUGAGCAGGAAGUGAAGAGUAGAUUAAUGACUAUUGCCUUGAGAGAAGGUGUGAAAUUAGAUCCAAAUAUUAUUGGCCAGUUAGUUCAGGCUACAUCUAAUGAUAUUCGUCAAAUGAUUAAUCUUAUGUCCCAAGUUUCCAAGACACAAAAGGCAAUUGGGAAUGCCACCUUAGAAGAAAUCAAUCAAGGUUGGAAGAAGCAAGUUAUAUUAAAACCGUUUGAUAUUGCUGGCAGAUUAUUAUCUCUGGGAAUUUGGACAUCACCGCGUCAAAAUUUAAAUGAGAAGUUGGAUCUUUAUUUCAAUGAUAUUGAUUUUGCUCCUUUAAUGAUUCAAGAAAAUUAUUUAUUAACUAGACCACGAUUACCUGGCAAGCAUUUGGAUCAUAUUGCCCGCGCUGCGGAUGAUAUCAGUCAGUCUGAUUUAAUUAAUUCUUUAAUCAGAUCAAGUGAACAGCAGUGGAGUUUGUUACCAUUCCAUGGAUUAAUGUCAAGUGUAAGACCCUCAUAUGAAGUCGCUGGUAUGGUUCAAGGUAGAUUGGCAUUUUCAAGCUGGUUAGGACAAAAUUCUAAACAAAUGAAGUAUCAACGUAUUUUACAAGAGUUGCAAUAUCAUACUAGAAUAAAGACAUCCACCACCAAGCAAGAAUUGAGAUUAGAUUAUUUAAAUCCACUUUGGAAUAAAUUAGUGGAACAUAUUCAUGACGAAGAUGGAAUCACGAAAACUAUGAAGGUAAUGGAUGAGUACUUUUUAACCAAAGAAGAUUUUGAUAAUAUUGCUGAAAUCUUGAAAAAGGAUGCGGGAAUAUCACCCAAAAUGAAAACCUCAUUUACCAAAGCUUAUAAUAAAGCUAUUCAUCCUACUGUUAUUUACAAGACUGGUAAUUCUGUAUUGAAUGGUGGUAAACGAGGAGCAGCUAGUAAGGUUGAUUACGAAGAUGUUGUUGAUGAUGAUAUGGAAGAUGUACCUGAUGAAGAGCCUGAAAACAGUGAUACGAUUGAUAAUAAAAGGGACAAGUUAAUCAAAGUAGAGAAACCUAAAGCUAGAGGAAAGGCUAAAACAAAAGCAGCUAAAGACGAACCAGCAAAGAAGAAACAGAAACGAUAAACUAAAAAGAAAAAAAAAGAAACCAAAUAUUCCAUGCAUAGAAGCAACUGAUGUCGUGAUUUAACUUAAGAUUUAGACAAUCGCCGUAUGAGUUGUUAUCAAAGUGGGGAACGAGGAACCUUCUUUAUCCAAUUACAUGUAUAUCUAAGUAUUUUCUGAUAAAAAUAUUAUUACUAUUCAAAAGUUUAAAUGACGU